AUGAAUAGUUUCUUUUUUUUGUCAGAUAAUCUUCCAGAUGAGUCUUAUGAGUUGACAGUUGAAGACGUUCGCUACUUGUUAAAGGAUUUAAAGAAACAAAGGCAACAACUAGAGGAACGACAGUUGGAGACAAAAUCCAUGAGAGAAGCAUUACAGAUGGACCGUGCCUUGCGUUAUAAGCAAACAGUUAUUCGUAUCCAGUUCCCAGAUAGGCUUGUCUUACAAUGUCGCUUUCCAUCUGUUGAAAAAGGUAGGCAAGGUUACAUGCAGGAUGUCUGGAGAUUGGAUCUUGUGUGUGUGAUUUACAUAUACAGGAUAUUUGGAGAUUG